GGGUUACUGACAUAGAAAAGGCAGUGUUUUGAGAGUAGGGCUCACAUCCUUUUUUAUUUGCACGUUGAUCAACAUGGCAGCAGAGAUUGUACACCAUCCGAGCCCUGGAAAAACAGAAGAGCGAGAGUCUGAGGACACGUGUGGCAUGAAAAGGAAGGUGAAACUGAGAUUCAGUCUGACAAUGUUAAGUGAGGAAGAUUUGGAGACGGGUGGGCACCGGGAACUGUCACAUCCACAAACAAAGUCAAUAGAUGAGGUGGACAUUGAGGACGACUGUUUCGAUGAUGACGAUCAGCUACUUGUUUCCCUGGCAACCAUGAGCUUCAAUCUGGUUGAUGACCACGACACUGACGAACCUUUCUAUAGCUGUGAUCACCAAUUUAACGAAGUUGUGGUCACCCCUGAGCAAGCGGAUCUUGGCGUCAUUUCUGCACAAAUUGGAAAACUGAAUAAAGAAAAAAAAAAUUUGUUCCUGAAGUCAAAAUCAGUCCAAAAGUAUGUCGCAUCUGGUCAGUAUAAUCAGAUUUGUUUGGAGGACACUAUGUCAGCGAAAAUCACCAUCUUCCGAUACAUGCCCACCAAAGACACAGAAUGGCAUGUUCCUGUUGUGCUGAACUUCACUGGCACAGAGAACUUCUUCUGCUGCACCAUUGAAGGUGAAGAAAAGAUUUUGAAAAUAACAUGGUAUGACAAAAGCAAGCUAAUCAUCCCUGGAGAUGAUCCAGAAAAAAAGGCCUUUGUUUUCUACAUGUCUAUAACCCCGUCGGGUCACCGGCAUUUUGAGUCAGCACUCCACAGAGGAUGGUUCAUUCACACUGUAGACAGUGGCGUUGUGAAAAUGAAAAGAGGCGCACUUACGUCCAACAACUGCUUUGACUUAAUUGAGAGUGAUGCCACAAAAACCUUUUAUUUUUAAAAUAAAGAUUUUAUUUUUGCACUUUUAUACUGAACCGCUUUUCAUGACAUUGUAGUACCACAUAACUGGGUAUGUUUUUAUAGUACAUAAAAAAACAGCUACAUUAUAAGUACUUUAUCCAUAUAUUUAUAAUAUUAAUCUCUAUUUACAUCUGUCUGUAUAAGCAAUUAGCAAUUUCAGUCACCCUGUUGGUUACAGUAAACUCAUCAUUUGUCAUUUAUGUGCUAAUGUAUUAUUUUUACUUUUUACUUUACUUUUUUACACUUUCACAUCAGACAUUUCAAUAAACA